AUGGCUGAAGCUAGCACAGAGAAAUUCAUUUCAGAAAGAGAGCUGACAGCCGAAACUGAGUCAGAGUCUGAUGAUAAACAAAAGAAAUCUACUAAGUAUGAGCGAGAUAAAUCAGAAAAAUUAUUUAUCUUAGAAAAAUCAAAUCUCGCUCUUAAGAUUAAAGUUUUUAAAUUAGAAGAAGAGAUUUCAUCUAUAGCAUCUGUUACUGAUAAAAUACUUGUUGUCUAUGUCAAGAAAUCCACUCCUAGCUCGAGUUCUCAAGAGAACCAAGACUGGAUUCUUGCCGUUACUCCUUAUAAACUUAAAGCCUCAUGGAAUAAUGAUGAUAGGAGAAGAGUUCUUCAAGGAGCACUUAGUAUGGACGAGUUCUUUCGUGUUUCGGCAUGUACAACGGCUAAAAAAAUAUGGGAUACGUUAGUAGAAACUCAUGAAGGAACCGCUGAAGUUAAGAGAUCUCGACUGAAUACUUUAAGUCAAGAAUAUGAAUUAUUCAGAAUGCAGCCCGGAGAAUCCAUCCUUGAAUUACAAAAAAGAUUCGUUCACUUAAUAAAUAAUUUAAGUGCUCUUGGAAAUAAAGUCUCUACCGAGGAACAAAAUAUAAAGGUGCUUAGAUCUUUAACCAGAGAAUGGCAACCGAAAGUAACGGCAAUAUCCGAGAAGGAGAAUCUAUCUAGAAUGACUUCAACAACUUUGUUGGGUAAACUUCAAGAAUAUGAAACGGAACUUGGAAGAUUGGAGAAGCAUGAAAUUCAAAGAAAGAAGGACAAAAGGCCAAAUAAAGCAUAUGUUGCAUGGGAUGACAAUGAAGUAAGUUCAUCUUCUGAUUCCAAAAGCAAAGAAUAUGCAAAUCUAGCAUUCAUGGCUUUGCACCAUUCCAAUGAUGAAAACGAUGAGGUUAGUAAUGAAUUUUCCAUUUAUGAUAAUGAUGUACAAGGUGCAAUAAAUGAACUCUUGAAUGAAUGUAAAAUGUUAUAUAGAACCGUAUCAACACAAGAGAAACAAAUCAAGUCUCUUGAAGAGAAAAUUGAUACUAUGCAAAACGAUUUCGAAGUUGAAAAGAAACAAUAUGUUGAUAAAGAAAAACAAAAGUCUACAUCAAGCAUAAAAUGUCAAAAACUCCCAAUCAUGGAUCAAGGGGGAGCAUUGAUCAAGGGGGAGUUAUCAUUGUUAAAGGGAGCAUAG